AUGUCAGCUAUAGCGGCUGUCGGAGCAUUGGUCGUAUAUUAUUAUGGUGUUGGUGCCCAGCAAAGAUGCGAUUUGAUUAUUUAUCCAUUAAUUACAUAUUCAUGUGAUUAUGAGCGUUAUGCAACCUGUGUUGCAUCCUAUACUAUAAAUUUGAUUGCAUCGUUUGGAGUCGCCAUCACUGCAAUCAUUGCUGCAUGUUUAUGUGGUCGUGCUAUUUGUUGUAUUUGUAUUCGCGAAGUACAAACAGCAGUGGGUAAUUCUCCUCCACCUACGGCGAUGCAAGUUCAAGUCCAGCCCACAUCUGGCUAUAAUUAUCCGCCUCAGCAGCAACCACAACCCACCAUGAUGAUGAUGCCACAGGUACAGAUUACUCAACAAACUCAACCCCAGCCAAUGUUUCAACAACAAGCACAAGACUUCCGACAACAACAGUCACCACAACAUAAUGUGGUAGGGCCCCCAUCUCCUCCACCGUCUUACUCCAGCACUGAAGGCAAUGCAUAUGUUGCUGAUACCCAGAAAGUGCCUUUG